UGCACUUGGUGUUACAUUCAGCACCUCUUUACAAUCCUGUGAGAUAGGCACGUGGAAACUUCAGAGCACACAUCAACACAGUGAGAUUACUGCUCAAGUUUGAGUAUGGAGCUGUUUGCAGUGCUGUUAUAUGCGGGUUUGGUGGAUGUUGCAUUGGCUGGAAUAGAUGGAGCAAAGUGGACAUACUCAGAGGGAGAACUGGAUCAGAAGCACUGGGCAGAAAAGUUUCAAGAGUGCGGUGGGAACCAACAGUCUCCCAUUGACAUUCAGAGACGCAAAGUGCGUUACAAUCCGCGAAUGCAACUGCUCGAGUUGACAGGUUAUGAUGAGAUGCAAGGGAACUUUCUCAUGAUAAACAAUGGACAUUCAGUGGAAAUUCAUUUGCCUCAGACUAUGAUGAUUACCAAAGGUUUUCCAAAUCACUAUACUGCUGUCCAAAUGCAUCUGCACUGGGGAGGCUGGGACCUGGAGGCCAGUGGAUCAGAGCACACAGUGGAUGGCAUCCGCUACAUGGCUGAACUCCAUAUCGUUCACUACAACUCUGAGAAGUACAGCAGCUUUAUAGAGGCCAAAGAUAAACCAGAUGGCCUAGCAGUUUUAGCCCUUUUUUAUGAGGAUGGGCAUUUUGAGAACACAUACUACAGUGAUUUCAUUGCAAACCUGGCAAAGGUCAAGUAUGCAGGCCAGUCUAUGAAUAUCUCUAACUUGAAUGUACGCUCCAUGCUACCAGAGAACCUCAACCACUUUUUCAGAUAUCAAGGCUCGCUCACCACACCGCCAUGCCACGAGAGCAUUCUGUGGACAGUGUUUGAUACCCCCAUUACCCUUUCUCACAAUCAGAUCAGGAAAUUGGAGAGCACAUUAAUGGACCAUGAAAAUAAGACCCUGUGGAAUGACUACCGGAUGGCCCAGCCUCUGAAUGACAGAGUGGUGGAGUCUUCUUUCCUCCCACGUCUGGGCAAAGGAGGAAUAUGCCGCCAAGAGGAGAUCGAGUCUAAGCUUAAAAAGAUUGAGAGCCUUAUUAUGUCGCUGGACAAAAAAGUGCUUUCAGGACCAUCAUCUACAAGUAUGGGUCCACAAUCUCUGUCGCCACUGGUCCUGUACUUCUCUGAAAAGAAUCUGGAGAGUUAUGCCUUGGUGAACUUAACUCAUCCAAUGAACCUGCAGUCCUUCACAGCCUGCAUGAACGUCCAUACACCGCCAAUGCAUGACCUCACCGUGCUGUCCUACUCCACCUCACACAAUGACAAAGAGCUCAUGAUCACUUUGGGCUUACAAGUGGGUCUCUGGGUCGGCGAUGAGUUUGUGAAUUUGCCUUUUGACCGUCAAUCCCAAGACUGGACAAAUUACUGCUUUACCUGGUCCUCUCAUACUGGAGGGGCUGAGCUGUGGGUGAAUGGACUGGUCGGCGAAGAACGGAAUAUUCGUGCAGGGUAUACCAUUGCAUCUGGAGGAACCCUUAUUCUAGGGAUGGACCAGGAUGGCUUUUUAGGAAUCUCAGCUACAGAUGCAUUUGUGGGCCAAAUGACAGAUGUGAAUGUGUGGGAUUACGUGUUGACUGUGGAGGAGAUUGAGGAGCAAAUGUCGUGCGGUAAUGGAAAAGCAAAAGGAAAUGUCUUGAGCUGGGGCAUCACACAGCUUAGGCUGUAUGGAGGAGUUCAGCUUCAGGCUGAACAGGUUUGCCACUGAGAGAGAGCACCACUGCCUGCAGUCAUUUUUAAACAAAUGUCAAUAUCAGCAAUAUUAGCUUUGCAAACUUGUAAUGUAUACUGUCCCGGGGGAUUAAAUGCUAUUUUUUUUAAUUCACUCUGUAUUUUAGAUUAUUAAAAAAUUGUGUCUUGCAUUAAGUUCACAUCAUAUAUGAUGAUAAAAAUGAUGCAAUGACCGUGUUUUUUAAUAACAUAAGGAAUAUAAGGACAAUUUAUUAAUUUUCAUAUAUAUAUAUAUAUAUAUAUAUAUAUAUAUAUAUAUAUAUAUAUGGUUGACAAGAGAUAUUUUUUUGGGUGGUGGCAGGUGUUGCAAAAAGUUUAUUUUGGAUCUUGAAUAUAAGCAUUUCAAUGUAUUUUACCUGGUUUAAUAAUG